GCGAAGCCUAUUGGUUCAAGCAAGGGGUCCGCAAAGGUCAGUGACCACCUCGAAACUUCAACAAGCGUUAAUCCCUUCUCAGUCAUCUUAUACAUUCACAUGUACACUAUGAUUCGUAAGGAAUUUUAUCCAUUUGUUAACCUGGAGCUGACGCAGAGUAGCAUGUGGGAUCCUGAUGGUUGGAUGGCUUAUUUAUCUUCAAUUGUCACCCUUCGACUCUUUUUGGGCAUCUCUGGCCUGAUUGUCACCCUAACCGGAUCCUACAGCACCAUAUGGACAUGUGAAGAAGUCAACUACACACUCCAAAACGAAGCCUCUAACGGUACUUUGUACACCUACCCAGAGUGCAUCGUCAACCCUUCCACCUCGCAUCAAGUGAUCGUACCUGCCGACAUGUCUGAAGAGCCUCUUGGUGUCGCAUCGGCAUUCCGAA